AUGUCGUCCGUUAAAGUGGCCGUCCGUGUACGGCCCUUUAACACGCGAGAAAUCUCGAAUCAUGCCAAACCGAUCAUCUCCAUGACCGGAAAUACCACGAGUUCGUUCGUUGCAAAUUUUCUUCUUUUCCCUCCUAUGACGUCACUUCUCCAGUCAAAUGUGCUGCUGCAGCUAAGAACCUCAACUGUUGCAGCCAUAAUCGGCAGUGGUGGAGGCAAUGAGCGCACGCACAGUUUCAAUUUCGACUAUUCGUAUUGGUCGUUCAAUCGCGACGACAGUCACUUCGCCAGUCAGAAGCAAGUAUACGACGACUUGGGCGUCGAGAUGCUCGAGCACUCCUUUGAGGGGUACAACGUGUGUAUAUUCGCGUACGGUCAAACGGGCAGUGGCAAAAGCUACACAAUGAUGGGUAAACCGAAUGACCAAAACGAAAUGGGCAUCAUUCCGAGACUAUGCGACCACCUUUUUAAACGAAUCCACUCCAAUCAAGACACUAAUCUCAAGUAUUCUGUCGAGGUAUCCUAUAUGGAAAUCUACUGCGAGCGUGUCCGCGACCUGCUAAACCCGUCCAGCGGUGGUAACCUACGCGUGCGCGAGCAUCCCCUUCUCGGACCGUAUGUGGACGAUUUGACAAAAUUGGCAGUUUGUUCCUACCAGGAUAUUUGCGACCUAAUGGAUGAAGGCAAUAAAGCUAGGCCAGUUACUAUUCACAUUGUCAGUAAGAUCUCGCUGGUCGAUUUGGCUGGUAGUGAGCGUGCCACGUCCACAGGUGCCGAGGGCCAACGCCUCAAGGAGGGCGCCAAUAUAAAUAAGAGUUUGACCACGCUGGGACUCGUCAUCUCGAAACUGGCCGAUGAGACCGGUCGCCGACGAGGCAAAGGUAAAUCGGUGAUUCCGUAUCGUGACUCUGUGCUCACCUGGCUUCUUCGCGAGAAUUUAGGCGGUAAUUCAAAAACCGCCAUGAUUGCAGCGCUCUCACCGGCCGAUAUCAACUUCGACGAGACUCUCAGCACGCUCAGGUACGCGGAUCGCGCAAAACAGAUCGUCUGUCAGGCUGUCGUUAAUGAGGAUCCUAACGCGAAAUUAAUAAGAGAACUGAAGGAAGAAGUGAAUAAACUACGAAGUUUACUGGAGGUGAAGGGAAUCAACAUCGAUGAGGAGGAUCUAUCGGUGGAUAGUUCGGGUAAUACGGCUGCGAAUAAAGGGUAUGGCGCUGCAGUGGGUGGCAAUAAGGAUCUCGCAGCGAAUAGCAACACUAAAAAAUACCUAUACUCGGCACGCGACCACGAUACUAUAGAACAAUUGAAAGCUUCUGAAAAGCUGAUCGCCGAAUUGAACGAAACUUGGGAGGAGAAGCUGCGUAAAACUGAAGAAAUCCGAAAGCAACGCGAGGACGAACUCAGGGAAAUGGGUCUCGCGACCAGUGACGAUGGCCGUACCCUUGGGGUGUUCUCGCCUAAAAAAUUACCACAUCUCGUCAACCUCAACGAAGACCCGCUGAUGUCCGAAUGCCUUCUCUACUAUCUUAAAGAGGGUAUAACUCGUGUCGGUCGUCCGGAGGCCUCACGUCGUCCAGAUAUCCUUCUAUCGGGUCAACUAAUCCUCGACGAGCACUGUCAAUUCCUAAACGAUGACGGGGUCGUGUCCCUAAUCCCAAGUCAGGAUGCCCAAUGUUUCGUCAACGGUAAACCCGUGCAGACCGUCACAAUUCUACACACCGGCUCACGAGUCAUCCUCGGCAAGUAUCACGUCUUCCGCUACAACGACCCGCAAGAGGCACGACAAUCCAGACACAACCUAUCCACAAUCACCGGUGAACCCCUCGACUGGAAGUAUGCCCAGCAAGAACUCCUCGAAAAACAGGGAAUCGAUCUUAAGGCCGAGAUGGAAAAGAAGAUGCUUGAGAUGGAAUCUCAGUACAGACGCGAAAAAGAGGAACUCGAACUCAAAAUGAUGCGACAAACCAAAGAAUACGAAAUGCGCAUCGAAACACUACAACGUCAAGUUGAUCUAGCCCAAAGUAUGAUCUCGUCAACCUGCUCAACCUGGGACGGUGAACGUUUCCUGACCAAUAGUCUCCUAAGCUUCGGAUCCCGUUCGGAACCCGAAUGUAAAUGGACCGAAAAGGAGGAGCGUAUCGCACGACGUACCGCAACCAAAUGGCGCUAUCACCAGUUCACCUCGGUGCGGGAUGACCUCUGGGGAACGGCCAUUUUCUUGAAAGAGGCCAACGCCAUCUCCGUGGAACUACGCAAAAAGGCCAUUAUUAUUGUUCAAUUCCAGUUCGUUCUAUUAACGGAUACCAUGUACAGUCCGCUCCCGCCGGACCUUCUGCCCCCAGGAGAAGACCUCAGCCUGAGGCCAUACCCCAAAACUGUUGUCGCAGUUCAAGUGCAGGACCUCAAGAACGGUGCUACUCACUACUGGAGCAUCGACAAACUUAAAAUAAGAUUGGAGGACAUGCGUCGCUGCUAUAACGCAGAUUUGAGUGAGGUCUGCACUCCGGACAGUCCCUCCACGCACUUCUACACCACACUACAAACUACAGACAUCUCCUCACAGCAUUUCUGGUCCAACCUCAUGCACUACAACCCAUCGAGACUCGUUCCGGACAGAGCACGCCUCGAGCUCAUGCGAGAGAUGUAUCAGACGGAUGGUGAACUAAGCCCGGGCAGCCCCGAAGACCCGAUGAUGGACGCCCUCAUGGGCACUGACCCCUUCUACGACCGUUUCCCGUGGUUUCGAAUGAUUGGAAGAGCAUUUGUCUACCUGAACAACCUGGUGCAUAAUGUCCCACUCGUUCAUAAAGUUGUAAUCGUCAACGAAAAAGGCGAGGUCAAAGGUCACCUCCGCGUCAAUAUUGAACCCGUUCCCAGCGAAGAGAUCAACUCGAAUAACGCAGCCCAAAACCCGCCCGUCGCAGCACAAAACCCGAACGUGCAGCAAACAGUGAAAUGUCACUUCCGCAAAGAAGAUUUCCUGAAGAGAGUUCGUCAAAGCGAAGGCAAUUUGGAUGUCACCACCGAACGUUUCGUCGAGGGAAUCGGUAACGGUAAUGACCAACUUGCACAGCAACAAAAAGAGAGCAUCGAUGCCGACUUCACCACCCAAUACCCGGACCAUAUGAAAAGUACCGAGUUCUGUUUCCGAAUCACCGUUAUCGAAGCCACCGAUAUUUCCGAACAAUACGCCGAUAUCUUCUGUCAAUUCAAACCCGUUCCACAGCAACAAUUCGCUUACGAACGUCAGAAUAGCGCUUUGAGUCGUCGUAUGUCCACCAAACUGACCUUUCAACAGCCAUCGUUGGUCAUCUCAACACCGGUCAAGAGCAAAAAAGCGACAAUAUUACCAAAUAAGUACGAUUCCUAUAAUUGUACACAUAAAAACCUGAACCAAGUGCAUUCGAAAUACGAUCUACUCGUCUGGUUCGAAAUCUGUGAAUUGGCAAAUACAGGCGAAUAUGUUCCGGCGAUCGUCGACCACGCUCAAGGUCUGCCCACGCACGGCGUGUUUCUACUGCACCAGGGUAUUCAACGUCGUAUCAAGAUCACCAUCUGUCACGAGAAGGGUGAAGAUGUCAAAUGGCGUGACUGUCAGGAACUCGUCAUCGGUCGAAUCCGCUCCACUCCCGAGUGGAAUGGCGACGAUAUUGACGUACUUUCAUUGGGACUCUUCCCGGGCACUUUUCUCCAAUUCUCCAUGGAUGACAGGUUAUUUUUCCAAUUCGAGGCCGCUUGGGAUAGCUCGCUACAUAAUUCAUCGUUGCUGAAUAAAGUUUCCAAUUACGGUGAACAAGUCUACAUGACCCUAUCGGCUUAUAUGGAGCUGGAGAAUUGCACGCAACCGGCUGUUAUCACUAAGGAUCUAUGUGUCAUGAUAUAUGCCAGAGACUCAAAGAUCUCAGCGGCCAGUAGUUGUGGGGCUGGUCUGAUGGUGAUGUUAGGCCUUCUCCUACCACCUUCACCUUCACUACCACAAGCGAUCUCAUCAACACCCAGUCUCAGCCAAGCCCUACAACGAGCUCUAUUAAGGUUCUGUCGCACCCUGAUCGGCGGCAUCUCCAAAUCACCCGAGAUGAAUCGCAUCCCGGGCGUCUAUCAACUCACCAUGAAGCAGUCUUUCGAUACAGGGGCAGUGCGCCGUCAGAGACGUGUCCUGGACACUUCCUCUUCAUACGUUCGCGGUGAGGAGAAUCUGGGCCUAUGGAGACCUCGAGGGGACUCUCUCAUCUUCGAACAUCAAUGGGAACUCGAAAAAUUGACGCGUUUGCAACAGGUCGAACGCGUUCGUCUCUUCCUACGUCUACGCGACAAACUCAAGAAAAAACUCAAAUCCACCAGCAGCAAGACACCCUCGCAAGACGUCAACUCUAACGAUACCCCAGCCCAAGAUGAAGUGCUCACGCCCGUCUCUCCCACAAAACCCAAAUAUCAAAUUCCCGACAAAAUUAAUUUCACAGAAAAAGAGACGAACAUCGUCAAAAAAGUGCUGCGACUCAUCAAACAACGUGUCCCCAUGAAUAAAGAGCCGCCAACUGGCAAAACGAACACGGACAUGGAACAAAGUGAGCAAAGCUCCUCGUCACUUGGCGACAGCUCUACAAGUCCACUCGAAAAAAGCACAGUCACUAAUCCCGAGGCACUCCUCCUAAAGACGUCCCCCUCUCUGGAUCAACUUUCCAAGAUCCGUUCUAAAUCCAAUCAAAAUCUCUUAAAUACUUCUGACGGGGGAUAUGGGGGCGGGGCUAAUGGAGAGAACGAGAUUGUAGGCGGGGCCAUGAAGAGAUCCAUGAGCGGGAGCCGCAUCUCGCAGAUGGCUUCGCUUGUGCCCGAGGUCACGGAGGAACGCGUGGGCGUGGUCGUGUCCAAAAAAGGGUAUAUGAACUUCUUGGAGGAGAAGACACAGGGAUGGAUAAAACGAUGGGUCGUGGUCAGGAGGCCGUACAUUUUGCUAUUUAGAGACGACCGCGAUCUCGUCGUUCGGGGCAUAAUUAAUCUGGCGAACGCUCGCGUUGAGUACAGUGAGGAUCAACAGGCCAUGUUAAAGGUGCCGAAUACAUUCUCUGUAUGCACCAAUCAUCGUGGUUUCUUAAUGCAGAUUCUCGAUGACCAGAUGUACGAUUGGCUUUAUGCCAUUAACCCACUGAUGGCAGGUCAACUGCGCUCCAAAAUGGGUAGUACGGGCUUGGACCCGGCGGCGAUUCUGGCCAGUGGAGGGGCCGGGAACACCCUUCUGAUCGGCGGCUCUUGUCUGGGCUGA